CAGUCCCACGCGGCUUCUCGCGCGUGUCUACCACACCACACCAUUACUCGCGUGUAGUACGCGCUUCCGUUUACGUACAUGUUGUUUUCGUGCGCACGGUCGCCCGCGCGCGAGCGAGCGAGCGAGCGCGUCCUCUCCUCCUUUUGUUUCCCUCCUCCGGGAAACGCGUCUUCGCGCCGAUUCCGCGAACGCGUGCGGGGAAACAAUGCGACGAAGACGACGACGGCGGUGUCGAGUCGUUGGCCGAGCGGUGGAUAGGUGAUGGCAAAAAGGGGAAGAGAGAGAGAGAGAAAACAAGACGUACACACGCUCGCAGCCAUUUUAAUCGCGUCGAGCCGGGCCACCCAGUGUGUAACGCGAGGGGGACCGCGACUGGUCUACGCGUGCCGCCCGCGUCGUCACCAUCGUCAUCGCCGUCAUCGUCAUCGUCGCUGUCGUCGUAGUAGUAGUCGUUCUCUAGUCGACUCGGAAUUGCGCCUGUCGAGGCUGCGCGCCUCGCUUCUGCGCACGCUUUCGCGCAUUAGCCGCGCGUCGUUUUGCGCCUCUCUUCACGCCGCUGGCGCGUCCCGUUCUUCGUGCACGCUCGUGAAAUCGUCCAAAUAAGUGAAGGUCAUCCCGAGACGCGGAAAGGACGCGGUGGAAAAUUACGCGUAAUUGCCCCGCGUUAUCGUUGCUCGGAGGGAAAAGGAAAGGAAGGGGGAGGGAAACGCGUCGAUUCCCAGCGUCGCCUCCGAGAAUUCCUACGGUCUCGCGACGCGGAGUGCGGCAAUCGCAUCCAAGUGACGCACGAUGACAGGACUGAUUCACCGAGAUGCGGAAUCGUCGCGAGGGAGGCGGCGGCCCGCGAGACCCAGGGCGGGAAAGACGUCAUCGUCGGAGGACAGAGGCAAAUGGUGGGCCGCAUAUUGGUGGAAAUGUUUCGCGCGGCUGUCAACAAUAAACUGACACUGGUCGUCGAGGACGUCAUGCAACAUGUACAGUUGAUCAUUGACGAUAAUGAUGCUUUGGUUCGGUCGGACUUGGUGGAGCAGAUUCCGAAUGUGGCGAUCAUCUGUCUCGAGGCGCCGGAUCUCUUCGGGGAUGUUCUUCGCAAUCACUUGCUCGGUAUUAUAAUAAAGUACCUGAGUGAUCCUGAUAACCAGGUACGACAAAUGGCUCAAAACGCGCUCAUGACGAUCGUGAAGCGGGGUCUCCUCGACAAUGACACAAUCGAGCACGAAAUCUGUCCCACGAUAGAACAUUUGUCCUACAUGUCGGCCGACGAACAUCUUCGUAACGCAAACAUCUCCCUCAUGUGUCGACUAGCACCGCUGAUUGGUAGCGAACUUACAGAGAAGGUCUUCCUAAGACGAUUCUUGGACCUGUGCGAGGACAAUGAUAUGAUGGUGAGGAGAACCUGCGCCACACACUUUGGAGAAAUGUGCGUAGCUGUGGGGAAGGAAAAAUUGUAUAGCAAAUUGAUUCCUACGUUCGUGGAUUUGUGCGGCGACAGAGUGUGGGGUGUGCGAAAAGCAUGCGUCGAGGUUAUGAUGCCGGUCGCUUGUUGCUCGACACCGGAGCAUCGCCGAUUAUUACUAGCUGACAUAUUGGCUAAGCAUUUGAACGACGAUUCCAAGUGGGUGCGAAUAUCGGCUUUCCAGAUACUCGGACCGUUUAUAUCGACCUUUGCCAAGCAGUUUGCUGAUGUCACUUAUAAUAAGCACGGCGAGUUGGUGUAUACUAGUAAACAAGAUAAUCAUCUCAGUAUACGUUACUCAUACGAAGGAAUUUUCCCUACAAAGGGCGCGAUCAAAAGUCAAAUAUCUGAUAUGGACGAUAAAAGCUCUUUUUAUCUGCCUAUGAUGAAACAUGAUAAUGUUAAGACACCGGAUUCCUCGGAGGAGUACGAAUUCCAGAAGAAAGACGUCUUUUCACAAUUGCGACUUAAAGUCCUGGCCGUAAAGCGAAAAAAGCGUAAACCUGUUCCUCUGCUCAAGAUAGACGUGGACGAUACGGAGAAUUAUAAUCCAUUUUUAUAUUAUUACAUCCCUCCGGAUAUACCAUUAGAUGACGAACUUACUCAUGCUGCGAGGCAAUCAGCGAUGAAUCGUAAUAACGCCAAGAAAGGAUCAUCAGGGGAAUUAACUCAUUUUAACGACAGAAUGUUUAAACGAUCAUAUAAAUCCCGUACCUGUAACUAUCCCGAAAUUCUCGUCGACGAGGAUGACUCGAGUAUUGAUGGACAAUCGAACGACGAUAAGCUCGAUAAUCGAAAGGAAGAGAAAGAUGACGAUGACGAUGGAGAUUGCCCACCGUUGUCACAAGACACGACGGACUCGUUGGAUGAUACUAUAUGGACAAAUUUUGAUAUAUAUCAUGUGGACUCUAUGGACAAGAGUGACGAGUCCUGUAACUUCGGCAAGAACUUAGACGCGAAGGAAAACGGACAAGAGAUCGUACCUCAGGAAUUAAUCAAUUACUACGUAUCGAUGACCGAUCCGGAGCAAUGCGUGGACAUGGGUGCCGAGAUCCCGCAUCAUUGUGCCUUCAGUUUUCCCGCAGUCACGCUUACGCUUGGCACGGAGAAUUGGCAUUACUUGAAAAAGGCUUAUCAGUCAUUGUCAAGUGCGAAACAUUGGAAGGUCAGGCAUACCCUGGCGUCCAGCAUUCACGAGAUUGCCAUGAUUCUAGGCGAAGAACUCACUGCCACUGACCUCGUGCCGAUCUACGAUGGUUUCAUCAAGGAUCUGGACGAGGUCAGAAUAGGUGUACUCAAACACCUCGCGACCUUUUUAAAGAUACUCAAGCCUUCUGAUCGCUGCCAAUAUCUGCCGAGGUUAAGCGACUUCCUUGUCACAGACAACGAAUGGAACUGGAGAUUCAGGGAGGAACUUGCUACGCAGUUGCUCGAGAUUGUUAGCCUUUUCAAUUUAAACGAUGUAGCACAAAGUAUCGCGCCACUGUCCUUCCAAUUGCUUGUAGAUAAGGUUGCUGCUGUCAGAAACAUUGCGCUUGAAUUGAUCACGCGAAUUAUGUGCUACUUAUCUCGCGAUGACGCUCUGAUUACGUCUCUUAUUCACGAAUUCCGAGACAUUCUAGUUAAAAAUACUAAAAAAUGGAUACACCGACAGAUUUACGCACUCGUGUGCUCUCACUUGAUUCGCAAUGGCGCAAUUACAGGAAGCAUGUUUUCUAAAGAGAUGUUACCAUAUUUGAUAGGCCUAUCUGUCGACAGAGUACCUAAUGUAAGAUUAGCUGUAGCGAGAACUUUGGCGACGGAUGUUGUUGGGAUGGGUUUGGACACUUUGGGUAUGGAAAUGAUGGAACGAGUGCAAGUAGUACUCGCAAAACUGCGCGUGGACGAUGACCGAGAUGUGCGAGUGUUCGCCGGAGGUCAAGAGCAAUUGGGUGUACUGGCUUAUUGUUCUUCAGACGAAAACAAUCAAGUCGAACAAGCGAAAAAUAUAUUAUUUUAAUAGUGAUGUAUUCCGAUCUCAUGGAUCUGCGGUUUUAUAUGCAAAUUAAAAAAAAAACGAAAACUUUUUAUAUAUAUACAUAUAGCACAAGAUGCACCUCGGUUCUUCCACACGAGUGACUAGUUUGUAUAAAUGAUAAGCCAAAAGCGUGCGCUGGUUAUUAACUGCUGCAAAUGUCAAGCUUUGAUCGCAAACGUACCAGAUUUGCAUGCAUAGCAAUUACAAUUGCGAACACAUUUGUUGAUAAAAAAUGUUUAAAGCAAAGCUCAAAUACAUAGCGUUCGCGAUUUAGUCGAAGAAUAGGUAUGAUACAAUUAUGCAAUGACGACUGAUGCAUCUUUUGCGUCCAAUAAUUUAGGACAGAAUUGUGAAUAUCGAUAAUCGUAUACUAUGCGAUUACGUAAUGAUGCAUGAAUGUAUAUGUAUAUGUGUAUAUGCGCAAAAGAAUGCGUGUUUUACCAUUGUGAUCAAUGUAACUCUGAUCUCCCGAAUGAGCCGAAUAAUUGAGUGCGUUAUAUCGAUGCAGUUUCGCUUGAUUUAUUUCACGAAUGUUCGAUUGUACGACUUACCGGCACUACAUCGCGUUUCGCGUUAUUUUGUAGCAUCACCGGCAAUAAUACCGGCAAAAGUGGAGGAGAUAUUGUUUAAAAUAUCCUGUAUAAUAUGUAUUUCAUAAAAAAAUAAC